AUGAAAAUUCUGGUCAGUACUACAGAAAAUAUCGCCUCUUUUUACGAUCAGAUUGACACCACCGACAUGAACCUCCGUGGCAAGAAGUACGGACGCUGGAAGGCCUACUCGCAAUCAAAGUUGGCCAAUGUGAUUCACGCCAGGCAGUUGGCCCAACGUCACAAAGAUGAGGGCAUCAUUGCCGUUAGUGUUCACCCAGGUGUAGUGAAGACUGAGCUCUAUAAGGGCCGCUUUGUAAGUAGUCUGACACGCAAAACACUUCAUUUCACUGUUCAUCUACUCCUUCUUCUCCAUGAAAGGGACAGCCGUCCUUUCAUGAAAAACGAAUGGGAAGGCGCCCAGACCACCGUGUAUGCCGUACUGGCACCUGAUUUAGAGAAUGGCGGCUAUUAUGCGGACUGCGCCCCGGCGUCGAUAAAUCGCCAGGCCCAGGACGACUCAAUAUGUGCCAAGGUGUGGGAGAUGUCAUGCAAGACAGUGGGUUUGGAUUCGCCGGAUAAUUAA